GCAAAUCAGACGGGCUAAGAGGAUGGGUUCCAAUAUAACGGACCUCCGGUUGGUGCUAAUUUGCUCUAGAGUUUCAGCCCCUCGAUCUGAAAUCUAACGCUUGGAUCAUCAUCAUCAUCAUCUACCUCAGAGCACUUCACAUUUCUUGGCUACCCUACCACUGUAACAGUAAGGUCAUUCUGUAAUUUCAAACAAAAAGUUUAUAACUUCAUUUGCGCCAAAUCCCUAGUCAAACUCCUCCGAGCACAAUUGCAAUCGCAAUUUGCAUCCUACACGCCUAAAGACGAUGGCGCCACCGGCAACCACACGGUGGCGCGCAAUCGUAUCAAUCACCGUGAUGAUGCUGUUGAUCUCACCCUCGAUGGCCAUCUACUGCGACGAAGACGAUUGCUACGAUCUCCUCGGAGUACCGCAGAGUGCAACACAAUCGGAGAUCAAGAAAGCUUACUACAAACUGUCAUUGAAAUUCCAUCCAGAUAAGAACCCGGAUCCGGAAUCAAAGAAGCAAUUUGUUAAGAUUGCCAAUGCUUAUGAGAUUUUGAAAGAUGAAUCCACGAGGGAGCAAUAUGAUUACGCAAUCGCUCAUCCGGAAGAGGUAUUUUACAACACAGCUCGGUACUAUCAUGCAUAUUAUGGUCAUAAGACGGAUGCUCGUGCUGUGCUGGUUGGCCUUCUCCUGAUUAUGUCUGCAUUUCAAUAUCUGAAUCAGUGGACAAGAUAUCAUCAGGCUAUUGACAUGGUCAAGAAAACCCCUGCUUACAAAAAUAGAUUACGAGCUCUUGAACUUGAACGAAGUGGAGGAGCAACAAGCAAGAAGAAAGGUCACAAGCAGUUGGAUAAAAAAGUGGAUGAAGAUCUUAGCAAAGAACUGGAAUUGCAAAUAAAAGGAGCUGAGAAGCCAUCUGUAUGGGAACUGCUUGGCGUUCGUUUUAUUCUUCUACCUUACACUAUUGGCAAGUUAUUAUUGUGGACUAGUUGUUGGUUUUGGAGAUACAAGGUAAAACAAGUACCUUACUCUUGGGAGGAUGCCUCUUACCUGACGCAAAGAUCACUCAGGGUUCCUGUUGAUGCAUGGAAACACAUCGAUGAAUCAACAAAAGAAGACCUUAUUCGGAGAUGUUUAUGGAAGAAACCCAACUUGGAGAACUACAUGUCAGAAAUUCGAAAAGAAUCGAAACGCCGGAGAUAGGCUGUGCUAAGAUUUGCCCCACAGCCUUGUGCUUUUGACCUGCAACAAUUUCCAGUAAAAUUCAACCACCAUGUUACCAUUUUUAGAAAACGAGUUAUAGAUAUCAGCGAGUCAGUUACAAUUUACAAGUUACAACAACCAUACUAUACAAUCACUUACUGCCUCAAAGUUGAAACCAUUUAUACCAGUUGAGCCUCAUUGUGACUGUCUUGAAAGAUGCACAAUUUUGACCCCUGCCACGAGGUAAUUUCUGUUCAGAUACAUUUUAUCUCUCUUCUGGAUAUCAUUCAAGAAUCUCUUGUUCUCAAGUUAGUACUCGGUGCAUUAAAAAAUACUGUAUGCAUUUUAUUAAGUUAUGAGUUAAAUAUCCUGCUGAUAAUUCAACUACAGAAAUAAAGUAAUCAUCUUCAUUUA